AUGGAAAGAAGUCCAACUGAGAUCAUUGAUGACGACGACAAGGACCUCGAGGAGGAGGGGGACACGGAACUUCAGGAAGCAGGACCUGGAGGUACCUCGACGGACUUGACGGAGAGGGGAGCAAUGAACGUUGACGAUGUGGGAGGGAGUCCUGGGCGAAGCAAGAGAGCUAGAGACGCUGGACUGCCUUCGAACUCUGCGGCUCCUGCCCCGCGACGUGAUCGACGUGAACGCCGGGGUGCCGAUGAUGAUCCAGCCGGGGAUGAUGUGCCGGUUACCUCGCGCGAGUUCCGGGCCCUCCUGAACGAGCACUUCCAGUCCAUGACGGCCAACUGGGCGCAAAUUUCCUCGAGGCUGGGGGGCGUCGAGAAGGAAGCGGUCGAGGACAGGAAGGUGCGGGCGGUGCUCUCCUCCAGGGUGACACAAGUCGAGCGCAAAGGGGCGGACCUGGAAGUCAAAGUUCACCAACUGACCAAGGCAGUCGAGGACAUCAAGCAAGAAGCUGCGGCGAAGAAGAGAGAGCCGCAAGGGGAUAAGAACGAUGAUCCCUGGGCUGAGUACUACAAGGCGAAUAGGAUUCCGUUUGGUCCUGGAAAUGCUGGUCCUGCUGCACGUCCUGACGCUCCUCCUCCUCCUGGUGGCAGUGGGCCGAAUGGCGCUCCUCUGGGACGUGAAGAACUCACUGAGGAAGACAAGCGGAUGCUAAUCAUUGGGGGGUGGAGUCAAGAUACGAAAAAACAAGUUAUCAUCGAAGAAGGGGGAGAGUUCCUGAAGAGAGCGGAGAUCGCGGAGCUGCUGGAUCAAGAUGAACUUCUGGUCUGGGGGCCUCGUCGCUCUUUUGGGGUGCUCAAGUUCAAGAUCCAGAACAUGGCGGGGACGCGGGACAGAAUGUGGAAGGUGAUCCAGAAUCUGCGAGCUCGACCUGUGCAUCUUCGCUCCACGACAGCUGGUGGGGGCGAGGGUAAAGUGAUGUGGGCCUCCUUCACCAAGACACGAGAGGCCAGGAAACGUUCGGCCCAUGGGUCGUUGAUCCGCCGAGUUUGCACCGGACUCGUCAAGGAUGCGAUGAUGCAACGUGAAGCACAUAAUCCUCAAGGAGCAGAAGAAGGGUCGUACGACGUCGACUGGAACUCGGGGACGGUCUGGAUGGGCGAAUGGAAAAUUGGGUCGAGUACGCACAGACACCCGAGAGGAGACAGCGUGAAGCUCCUAUCGUCGGGAUGGAUCGACAUCAUGGCCAUGGCUCAUGCAACUGGUGUGGUCUUCGAUACCGCCCUUCGGGACACUACCGAAUGCUUUACAUGGCUGUCACACCAAAGUCCGGGGCAAUGGCGGGGUGUUGGUGUUGGAAUAUCUCAUGAUUUAUAUGACAGUUGGACGGACCGGAUCGCCUUCAACAAGGGAGCAGCAUGGGUCGUCCGUUUACGCAACCAUCGUCGCCUUAUUCUGGGGUCGCUGCACCUGCCGACUGGGGUGUCUACGUCUGUCUAUCACAAGGCUGUACAAGAAUUUCGCCACGCUUUAGCAAGAUGGCACCCUGACCUUCCUUGUUGCCUUGGGGUGGAUGUGAAUGAAGUCGUGCUCUGGACCCACGCGGAUGAGAGUGAAGCCGAUGGUAAUGUCCCUCUUUCGUCGGGGGCGAAAAUUGACAAGUUCCUCGAGGCCGUGUCCAACGUCAACCUUCGACUCUGCCCUCCUCGUUACGACGAUAGGUGGAAGCCCACUCACUACCCAAGGGACGCAUCGCGCAGUGGUCGUCACAUCGAUGCGGUGACAUGCCGCCUCCUGUCAUGUUCUUCCGUGGUGGUCAACGAGGAUGUGCGUUUCCAUAUCAACACAGAUCAUGCCAGGAUGGACUUCGACAUUGAACUACAGUGCACCAAGUGGGGGCGACGGCGUGACACCAGAGCAAAGUGGGUCAACUGCGAGCAUCCUUUGCCGGAGCCUGGUUCUUGGGAAGAAGUACGCGAAUGUGCUCGUCGCCAUACUGCUCCUCGGAAAAAGGGACGUUACCGUGACGAUGUUGAAGUCAAGGAGGCAAUCCAACGUGCUCGUGCUCAACGGGAUGAAGCUGCCAAACUGGCCUGGAAAGAGGUGCACUACUUGAGAAGGAAACACAAACGUGCUUGGCAGAGGAACCGUGUCUCUCGCGUCCUGAGUGGGGAUUGGCUUGCGUAUCGUGACAUUCAAGCUGAGAAGAAGAAGCGUAAUUGGUGGGGGAAACUCCUGAGCAGCAAGAGCUCGUGUGAAGUUGCGGGGGAGGUUGAGGCUCAGCUGAAAAAGAAAGUGUGGGUCGAGGAUCUUGGAUGGGACGAUCAGUUGUCCAAACGAAUUUCCUCUGUCUGCUGUUGGCCCGGAUGGGGUUGGGGUUGA